AUGACGAGGGACAGUCAUUCCAAAGUCGCAGCGGCGCUACUCGUCGCCGUCAUCCUCAUUGUGAGUGAGACCACAGUCUCGCUGGGAGCACCUGCCGCGCACGAAACGACUGCCACUGCUGGCGGCGGCAGCAGCAGCGACUUCACUGAUACCACGGGCGCAAGCAACCCGACAAUUGCCCGUGGUAUUAGGGGCGCGGUGAGCGCGGCGGCGCGCGACACGGUGAGCGCGGAGCUGCGCGUGGGCACGGUGGUGCUCGCCGCGCUCCGUCUCCUUCGACCUGGGGCUCUGCGUGCCCGUGCCCGAUAUCGCGGGCGCGAGCGGCGGCUUGGCAAGCGGCGCGGUGGACGCGCUGGUGUGGUGGGACGUGUUUUCGGAUCGCACGGUGUGCAACACGGUGCAGCUGUUCGCGUCGCCUGA